GAACAGUGUGAAGGCUUCCGCUUUGAUUGCCUCUACGGUCGUUACGUAGACGAUGGCUGAGCUUCACAGACGCCGAAACGGCCGCGGCAGCCCGCCAGCUGCGGGAGCAUCCUCACCCUCAGCCUCUGGAGACACCCCCACUGUGUUCGCGAAACUGUUUGCCGCGGCAUUUUAUGGGGUCAGCUCGUUUCUAAUCGUUGUCGUCAACAAAAGCGUCCUCACCAACUACAGCUUUCCAUCGUCAACAUGUGUUGGGAUUGGUCAGAUGCUGGCCACAAUCGUGGUCCUGAGGACCGGGAAGAUGCUGGGUGUCAUCACGUUCCCAGAUCUGGACGCGACUAUACCGGGCAAGAUGUUCCCUCUGCCUCUGCUGUACGUUGGGAAUCAGAUCUCGGGCCUCUUUGGGACGCAACGACUCAACUUGCCCAUGUUCACGGUUCUGAGGAGGUUCAGUAUUUUUCUCACCAUGGUGUUUGAGGGAUUCCUGCUGAAGAAGACCUUCUCCGCUUCCAUAAAGAUGACCGUGUUCACCAUGGUGUUCGGUGCUUUUAUUGCUGCGAGCGCCGACUUGGCUUUCGAUCUUGAAGGAUACAUUUUCAUAAUGCUGAACAACAUCCUGACAGCAGCUAGCGGGGCGUUUGUAAAGCAGAAACUGGAAUCGAAGGAGCUUGGAAAAUAUGGGCUGCUGUAUUACAAUGCUUUGAUCAUGAUCUUCCCUACACUGGCGUAUGCGUACUACUCUGGAGACUUGCAGAUGGGACUGGAUUACAAAGGCUGGGCUGAUCAGCUGUUUGUUGUGCAGUUUAUCCUCUCCUGUGUCAUGGGCUUUGUUUUAAUGUACUCCAUCCUGCUGUGCACGCAGCACAACUCGGCGCUCACCACCUCCAUCAUAGGCUGCAUCAAGAAUAUCCUGGUCACAUACAUGGGGAUGGUGUUUGGUGGAGACUACAUAUUCACCUGGCUGAACUUCCUAGGGCUGAACAUCAGCAUUGCUGGGAGCCUGGUGUAUUCCUAUAUCACUUUCACACAGCAGCAAAGCAAAAAGGCAUAAAUCCUGGAGUCCAAACCGAGUGAAGUUGAAAAACGAUGAUCACCUGCUGAUGUCUGCAAACCUUAAGGAGAAAAGAUCCAACCAGUGGGCUUAAUGUUUUAAAGAUAUGCUGUGUGAUCUGUUAGCAAGGUUUUACCUUUAUGGAGUAAGGAGUGUUUAGUGAUGCAUCCCAUACAUUUUAUAUGCAAUUGUAAAAAAAAAUUGUUUUUAUAAUUAGAAUCAUUUUGUUUAAAGGAUGUGGUCACUUGAUGUAAUAAGCCAUUUAAAUGUACAUAAUGAAACUGGAAACUAAUAAAUGAAUAUUUUGUAUUACAAUACUCAAGAAUUCUGUUUCAAUCUCUCUGGUAUUAAAAAAACUUGAAUCCAUAUCUUUUUAUUCAGGUUUCUGGAAUGGUCUAUAUUUAAUUAUGUAUCACAUUUAUUACAUCCAAGAAAAUAAAGUUCAAAGCUACAGUUUAACACCAGGUCAGUCUGCCAUCAGUGGCUGAAACUAUUUUUCAGUGAUCGGGAACACAGAUGUUUCCGUGAUUGGUGAAUGACACCAUACAUGCGCCAAGAUAUUCCACUCAACACUCUUCAGAGUGGGUGCUGUUGCUCUGUGAAGAAGACUAAAGGUUUUUGUAGUGUCACAAAUAAAAGCUCUAAAAAAAAAA